AUGCUGCUCUUCCCUGCGCCGCCCGCGAGCCCUGCGCAUUCCUGGCCCGCCGCCGCCGUCGCUGCCAUCGCCGCCCCAGCGCCCGCGUCGCCCGCCAGGACAAGCAGGCCGCAUUCCUCACCCGCACGUUGCCACAUCGCACCUAUGCCUACCCUCACCGGCUUCCUCAAGAAGAAGCGGACCAAGGACUCGACGGGCUCCAAGGACUUUGACUCGCCCACCUCGCCCGUCCGCGAGACGGCCUCGCCCAUCACCCCAACCUCGUCGCGCAAAUCGGGCUCCUUUCACCUGCACAAGACGCGGACCAACGAUUCGGCCACGGUUGCCCAUCCUGCCCCAGCAGCCUCCAACGCGACCGCCGUCCAGGGCAAGCCCGCCGACCCGAUGAACCCCGCCGCCUACACGUCGCAACACCACGCUGUUGCUGCUGCCGCCGCCGCUGCGAGCCCACAAUCUGCCUCCGCGCCCGCCCAUAAUACCCCCAGCAUCCAGAACCUCAUACACCCGAACAACUCCGCGUCCACGCCUGCCGCGGUGGCCGCCGCUGCCACCGCCACCACCACCAGUGGGGGAACCAGCAACAGCGCGAAUGCGGCGGCGGGCAAUGGCGCCAUGAAGAAUGGCGCCGUACAAUUCCAGGCACAGCCUCUCAAUCAUGCCCGCGUCACAAAGGGCAAGUACACCUUGACCGACUUCGCCAUACAGCGCACCCUCGGUACUGGCAGCUUUGGCCGCGUGCACCUGGUCCAGAGCAAGCACAAUCAGCGCUUCUAUGCAGUCAAGGUGCUCAAAAAGGCCCAGGUGGUGAAGAUGAAGCAGGUCGAGCACACAAACGACGAGCGCCGCAUGUUGCAGCAGGUCAAGCACCCCUUCCUCAUCACCCUCUGGGGCACCUUCCAGGACUCGAAGAACCUGUACAUGGUCAUGGACUUUGUCGAGGGUGGCGAGCUGUUUAGUUUGCUGCGCAAGUCGCAGCGCUUCCCCAAUCCGGUGGCCAAGUUUUACGCAGCAGAGGUGACGCUGGCCCUCGACUACCUACACUCGCACAACAUCAUCUACCGCGAUCUGAAACCUGAGAAUCUGCUGCUCGACCGCCAUGGCCACCUCAAGAUUACCGACUUUGGGUUUGCGAAAGAGGUGCCGGACAUCACCUGGACCCUCUGCGGCACCCCAGACUACCUGGCUCCUGAGGUGGUGGCAUCCAAAGGCUACAACAAGUCGGUCGACUGGUGGUCACUGGGUAUCCUCAUCUUCGAAAUGCUCUGCGGCUUUACUCCCUUCUGGGACGGCGGCUCGCCUAUGAAGAUCUACGAAAACAUUCUCAAGUCGCGGGUCAAAUACCCGCCUUAUAUCCACCCCGAUGCACACGACCUGCUGCAGAAGCUCAUCACCCCUGACCUCACCAAGCGCCUGGGCAACUUGCACGGCGGCAGCAAAGACGUGAUGAACCAUCCGUGGUUUGCAGAAGUGACGUGGGACCGACUACAGAAAAAGGACAUUGAUGCGCCCUAUGUGCCUCCGGUGCGGGCGGGUGUAGGUGACGCCAGUCAGUUUGAUAAGUAUCCAGAAGAAACGGAGGCAUACGGUCAGGCAGGAGAAGACCCGUUCGAAAAAGGCAGGCACGAUAUCCUGGACGACGUCGGUGAUGACGUUGCGCCCGUUGAGGUUUGCCGCCUGACCAUUACUACCCCUCUUGUUGUUUGUCUCUGUGUGGGCAAAGUGUCGUGGGAGGGUCGGCCACUUUGUGCACACUUGAAAACUCUCCUUGACCCUGUUCUCCUUAUUGUUACCAUCGCCAUGAUCGCAGCCAUUGACGUGCUCUCGAUUCCGGUGCCGUUGUCGAGGCUUUCCCAUGGUACCUCGCAUAUGGAUGAUGCAUGUUCGAGGGGUACGGAGGAAGACGAUGAGACGAGCCUGUUCUUUUGCAGGAGUACAAUCCACGCCAAGUACCACGCGUGUAGUCAAUUCAUGUAUCAUUCUUACCCGGUCCGAGGACCUCGCUACCUGAUCGAUAAACGCAAGAGCGGGUUCUUGACUUUUUGGGUCCGAAGUAUAGUCUUGACUCUAGGUACCGUAUUUGCGGCCGGGUGGGCGGCCAUAAGAAGGCUGAUCCAUCCCCGAGGCGUAAUCUUAUCAGAUCAUCUCCCUGAACCCCCUCCCCCCUUCUCCAAUCCCUUCGACCCCUCGUACCUGAUAUUCAAGAUGAGACUGCAAGGCUUAACAGACACAUUGGGCAACAUCAGCCUAUCGAAUCCUCACCGUGUUCUCAUCGUGGGCUGUGCAUACGGCGGCAUCUCUGCCGUUGUCAAUCUUCUCGAGUAUUCACAGGGCAAGGCUCGGCAGAGUGUCUACCCGGGUCCAGAUUUCAAAGGAGCGAGAAGCAGGCGAGGCGUCGAAAUCACGGUGAUUGACGAACGAGAUGGGUAUUCCUAUCUUGCAGUCCACUCUGUUGGAGCCCCGCUUGCCCAUGUCACGCCAAAGUACACCAGCCACAUGUGGAAACGGUUUAGCCACUUGAACGAGCUCAAGCAUUCGAAUCUGCAUUUCAAGCAUGGCAGUGUCCAGAAGAUCAAUCCAGAGGCCAAGGUCGCCGAGUGGUGCGAUCGGAAUGGCAAGACGCAGCAACAAGCGUAUGACUAUGUUGUCAUGGCCACUGGACUGAAGAGACAUUGGCCUGCUGUCCCCAAGUCGGCAAGUUAUGACGAGUACUUGAGCGAUGGGAAAGCCUUCAUCGACAAGAUCACUGGCGGCGGCACAUACAAGCACGAGAGCAGAAGAGUGGUUGUCAUUGGCGCUGGUGCCGUGGGCGUCGAGUUUUCGGCAGAGAUCAAGAGUUAUUACCCCCAGAUUGCCGUCACCUUGGUGCACUCCCGCUCAGAAGUGCUAUCCUCGGAACCUCUCCCCACCGAGGUCAAGGAGCGCGCAAAGAUGCUGCUAGAAGAAGAGGGCGUGGAUCUUGUCCUCAACAGCCGUGCCACGGUCACUGAGCUCCCCAACGGGCAAUCCACAGUCACGCUAGCCAACGGCGACAGCAUAACCGCAGACUUUGUCAUCGACUCGACGAAAAAGGGGGUGCCCACCACUGACAUAGUGCCCGCCGCCUGUCUAAACGAGGACAAGGAAAUCAUGGUCCACCAAUCCCUCAUGUUCAAAGACACAAUCCCAAACGCAACUUCGCACUUUGGUGUUGGCGACGUGAUCGCGUGGUCCGGCAUCAAGCGCGCAGGCUCUGCAACCGUCAUGGGCCAAGCGGCCGCACAAAACAUCUAUGCAGCCAUCCUCAACUCUGAACUCGCUGCCGGUGCCGAGCCGUAUGCGACCACGGAGCUACCAGAGUGGGCGGCCGUGAUUGGUCUGGCAGUGGGCAAGCAGUGUCUGACAUAUGACCCGGUGGGUGGCAUGAAGUAUGGUGUCGACGUUAUGAAGGGCUAUUUUGGCGAUGACUUGGGCUGGGAGGCUAAUCUCAAGUAUUUGGGCUUGACGGAUGUCGUCGAUAGUCCAAUGGAGAGUGUGGAUGCGGUGAAGAUGGCCGAGGUGGGGAUCCAGCCUGUUAGUGCGGCGGCGUGA